AUGGUUCUCGUAUAUGAAGAGGAUGGGCGUCCGGUGCGACGAAGGACGUCUGCAUGUGGAGUUGCUCCUACUCCCUCAGCUUCGUCUUCAGCUUCACAGUCACUACCACGCAGCACCCAGCAAGCAGCAGCACCUCCUGAAGAAGACUGGAACCAGACAACCACCACAGAAGACUCCACGAUGAAGCCUCAAGCCCUCCUCUCGGCCGCGGCCUUCCUCCCGGCCUUCGUCUCGGCUGCCCCGUCAGCGGACAAAAGAGCCGCGAAGCCUCCCGCGUUCUUCCUCGCCGGUGACUCGACUACCGCGGUGCAGUCUACUGGUGGUGGCGGUUGGGGCAAUGGCUUCCUCAGCUUCCUGAAGAAGCCGGCGUUCGGCACAAACUACGGCCGCAACGGACGUACUACGGUCGACUAUGUCAGCCAGGGACACUGGGCUACCGUCAAGGACGCAGUCAAGUCCAACACGGCCAACUUUGAUGUCUAUGUGACGAUUCAGUUCGGCCACAACGACCAAAAGCCCGAAAAGAACAUCUCCCUCGACCAGUACCAGACAAACCUCGGCAACCUCGCCAAGGAAAUCAAGGCCCUCGGCGCGACGCCCAUCCUCGUCACCCCUCUCACGCGCCGCAGCUUCAACUCGGCGGGCGUCGUGACCAACAACCUCUCCAACGAGCGCGAGCGCACCAUCGCCGCGGCGACGGAGACCAAGACUACCUACAUUGACCUCAACCUCAACAGCCGCAAGUACGUCCAGGCCAUCGGCGAGACAAAGGCCCACUCGUACAACCUCGUCGAGAGCGACAACACGCAUCUCAACGCCGAGGGCAGCGUCGUCUUUGGACGGUUGGUGGCGGACCUUGUGCUGCAGAAGAACAAGGGGCUCGAGCAGUGGUUCACGCCCAACAAGACGUUGAGCGAUGAGAUUUGGAAGGCGAUUAACAGCUCCACUGUCUAA